AUGAAAUGCUCCCUUCUUCUCCUCUCCCUCACAGCUGUCGGCUCAGCCUUGCCGACCUGGCGCCAGGGCCCCAUCAUGUCCGACGACGACAAUCUCAUGGAACGUCGCGACAUCAUCACAAUCGAGAUUGUGCAGGCCCAAUCAUCUCGCUUCACAAACACAGUCGUCACCAAAAUCACCAAAUAUGCAUCUGAUGCGCAAGGCUUCCUGACCGAAUCAUUCAAAGGCGCCGUGGCCGAUGGCAGUGGGGAACUCAUGACGGUUUCUGAUGCCAAGCCUGUGAUGCCUCUCAUGCGCCUCAAGGGAUCAAGGAAAAACCACCACCACCAUAACAACAACAACCACCACCGCCGCCGCCAUCGUAUCUCCUUGCUAGGUUUUAGGAAUCGGUUGGCUGUGUUGAUUCUGGCAUUCGCUCUGGUUCUAGCAGUUGCUUGUUCUUACCUCAGAAGGAUUUACAUAGCUUCGUUGCAACAUGACACAGACACCUGUCCUGAAGACGCUGCCCUCUUGGAGAAGGCCUCGCCCCGGAAGCUGACCCCUGAGACAGCGCAGUCAUGA